AAAAGCAGCCGACAGAGCUGCUCGGGAGAGGUGGAGCGGCAGGCACCCGGGCUUCUCGGGGCUCGCAGAAGCCUUUCCUCACCAUUCCUGACGAACACGGCACAGCUUGGGACGCUGCUUGCAAAUACCGGCAAGCCGGGAGGACGCUGUCUGGCUUUUGGGGAGAGGAAUGGCGUGGAACGGGAGAUGGAGCGGAGGCAGCCUCAGGCAAGUGAUCUUGUUCCUUCUGUGCUUUUCCGUGUGGCAGAGCGGGGCCGAAAGCCUCCGCUAUUCUCUGGCGGAGGAGAUGGAGAGGGACUCCUUUGUGGGCAAUAUUGCCCAGGACCUGGGGCUUACUCCGAGCCAGCUGGCAGCUCGCAAGGCGCGCGUUGUGUCCGAGGGGAACCAGCAGCUUUUCCGCCUCAACCCGAGCACCGGAGUGCUGACGGCCAAGGAGUCUCUGGACCGAGAGGAGAUCUGUCCUCAGAGCGAGACCUGUACGGUCUUCUUUACGGUCUUUUUAGACAACCCGUUGCAGCUGAUCCGAGGGGAGGUGGAGGUUGUUGACGUGAAUGACAAUUCUCCCGUCUUCCCGGAGAAGGAAAUGGUUUUCGAGAUUCCCGAAACGACACUUCCUGGGUCUAGUUUCCCCUUGAAGAAUGCUCGGGACAAGGACGUUGGCAGCACCGGCUUGCAGAACUAUAGCCUUGAGUCCAAUUCGCAUUUCUCCCUUGCUGUCACAACAAGGAAUGAUGGUGCAAAAUAUGCAGAGCUCGUCCUAGACCAGCAGCUGGACCGAGAAGAGAAUAUGGAGAUGAAUUUACUCCUGACAGCCACCGACGGAGGCUCGCCACCCAGGUCGGGUACGGCUCUGAUUCGGAUCGUGGUGCUGGAUGCCAAUGACAACACCCCAAUGUUCAACCAGAAGGUCUAUAAUUUGCACCUUGCCGAAAACAGUCCCCUGGGCCAGCUGGUGGUCAGAGUUCAUGCUACAGAUGCCGACGAAGGGUCCAAUGGAAAAGUGCAGUACACCUUGACUGAGACAUUGGAAGGAUAUGAGCAGCUCUUCGAUCUGAACCCUGACACGGGGGAGAUUCGUGUGGCAGGUAAUGUGGACUUUGAGGAAAUGAAAAAACAUGAGAUGAUGGUGAGAGCCACUGACGGCGGGGGACUGUCUGCACAUUGCAAAGUGCAGGUGGAGGUCGUGGACGUAAAUGACAACAUCCCGGAGAUACAGCUGACCUCACACACUGCCUCCGUUCCCGAGGACGCACCACCACGCACACUGGUGGCCCUCUUCAGCGUGCGGGACAGAGACGCCGGCGACAACGGCAGGACAGAGUGCACCAUCGAAGGGGACUUGCCCUUCACUCUUACCCCCACCUUCGGCAAUUUCUACGAGCUGAGAACCAACGCGGCGCUGGACAGGGAGACGACGGCAGAGUAUAACAUCAGCAUCCGAGCGACGGACUGGGGCCCGCGGCGCCUGAGCUCUCGGCAGAGCCUGUGGGUGCAGGUGUCGGACGUGAACGACAACGCCCCCGCCUUCAGCCAGGAGCUCUACAGCAUGUGGGUGACGGAGAACAACAGCCCCAUGGUGCGCAUCGGCAGCGUGCAGGCCAGCGACGCGGACGCGGGCAGCAACGCGCGCGUGCAGUACGCGCUGGUGCGUGAGGAGGGCGAGGAGCAGCCGGCGGUGUCGGUGAGCUCGGAGAGCGGCGACGUGUACGUGGUGCGCUCGCUGGACUACGAGCGGGUGCGCGCCUUGGAGGUGUGGGUGAGCGCGGCCGACGGCGGCUGGCCGGCGCUGAGCGCGCGGGCGCUGCUGCGCGUGCUGGUGCGCGACGAGAACGACAACGCGCCGGUGGUGCUGCACCCUGGUGCCGAGAGCGGCGCGGGCGCGGGCGAGCUGGUGCCGCGCUGGGCGCCGGCAGGCUACCUGGUGGCCAAGGUGGUGGCGGUGGACGCGGACGCGGGGCAGAACGCCUGGCUGUCCUACGAGCUGGCCAAGGCCACGGAGCCGGGGCUCUUCCGCCUCGGGCUGCACAGCGGCGAGCUGCGCACGGCGCGGGCCGUGGCCGAGCGCGACGCGCCCCGACACAGGCUCGUCGUGCUCGUGCGAGACCGCGGCCAGCCGCCGCGCUCGGCCAGCGCCACCCUCGCCGUCGCCCUGCUCCACGACUUCUCCGACGCCCAUGUGCGCCUCAGCCAGGACGCGCCGCCCGCCGAGCCCCACGACACGCUCACUCUCUACCUCAUCGCCUGCCUGGCCUGCGUCUCCGCGCUCUGCCUGGCCACCGGCCUGGCCGCCCUGCUCAUGAAGCUGCGGCGGGACAGGCGGAAGCACGACGAGCCCUUGCCCACCUUCCCGACGGCUGUCGCUGAGAGCGACGCAGGCUCCCUGCCCCGCAGCCUUGUCUACGACGUGUGCUUGGCCACCGGCACCCUGAGCAGUGACUUUCACUUCCUCGGUCCGCUCUUGCCCUGCUUCCCUGCCGGGAUGUCCCCUGGCCCUGCUCCACAGCGGCACUCGAUGUGCUCACAAGAGGCAUCCAAUUUCGGGGAAGGAGUCGACUGUGCUGCACAGGGCAGAGCUCCCCGUUCUGAAAACGCUGGUCCCAGACCUGCUGAAGCCGCUUGUGCUGCAAACAUUGGGGUGGAGCUAAACGUCACUUCUGAUCAGAACCCUUGGCUCACACGUCAUACCGGCACACAAAACCAGCUGACAGAGCUGCUCGGGAACGGCAGACGGGAACGCAGCCGGACUGCUCGGAGGCUUGCAGAAGCCUUUCCUCACCAUUCCUGA